ACCAACUGCAGAAGAUAUCCAUAAUAAAUUAUCUAGAUGGUAUAAUAUAGUAGAUAAUAAUGCUGCAGAAAAUAAUAAUGAAUUAGCAAUAUUAAAAGCAUUUCAGUCUGCAGAUGCAAUUAUUCCAACAUUAUCAACAGAAUUGCCAAUUUUUUUCCCUAAAGAUAAACUUACAA